AUGGUACGUGGAAACUCUCUCUCCGACGACUUAAAGCUUUUAGUUAAUAAUCCUCAAUAUAGUGAUUUAGAAAUUAAAUGUAAGGAUGGCAACGUCCUUUAUGGUAAUCGUGCAAUCCUUGCCGCUCGUUCUGAAGUGUUUGAAAGAACUCUCUUUACCAGAGUUUCCGAAACUCUAGAUAAGCAGAUUUCUUUUCCAAAAAUUGAAUCUUCGCACAUGAAGAUUAUUCUUGAGUAUCUAUAUACUGGAAUAGUUCUUGAAAAAGAUAUUACGGCCGACAAUGCUUUUGAAAUUUUACAUGUUGCGGAUUUCUUUCAAUUAGAGAAACUUCAAGAACUUAUUUCAGAGCGUUACAAAAAAAUGUGCACAGAGGAAGGAAUUGGAAAUAAAUCACCCGAGUUAUUAUCUAAGGCAGUUCAACUUAUGUCACCUACAGAUGAUAACGGAACUAUCAGAUAUUUAGUAGAUGAAGUUGCGAAAAUUCCUCUAGAUUCUAUUGAAUUUGAUAGAUUAUCCCUUCAAGGUUUACAGUGCAUGUUAUCAAAAAGAGAUGAAAAGAAAUCAUUUUCUUCUAGUGAAUAUUCUGUUUUUCGGUUUACUGUCUUAACGGCUGCAAAAAGCGUAUCUCACGAAGCAUUUUCUACCCUGGAGAAAAGGUUACGACCAUGGAUAGAAGUUCAGGAAGCUCUUCAAACUCUCAACAAUAAUGACUUGAUAAAGAAAGAAAUUAGUACGUCAGUUUCUAAUAUUAUAAAACCUAUUGUAGAAUACAUCGAUUUUAGAAGGAUUGAUGCAGAGAUUAUUGCAAAAGCAAUCGAGCCAUUAGAUAUUAUUUCGUCCAGUAAAAUUACAGACUCAUAUCGGCACCUAGCACUUAAGAAUGCACCACUAUCACCAUAUUAUGGAGUCAAUAUCUUCAUGUGGGAUAGAAAUAGUUGUGGUAAGGAUUUAGAAAUUUGUAACGAUGGACGUACAGUUUACACAUCCAAUGUUAUUACUAGUCAUAGAUGUGUAAAAGUUAACUAUCCUAUGAGUAGAGGUGUUUAUGAAUUUCACGUUCUAAAUGAGGAAGAUAGUAAAUAUUCUUGUUUUGGUGUUUGUAGUGAAGGACUCGACUUUUCCCAAUUUAUUGGCUAUCAACCAUAUGGAUGGGCUUUGGGUUCUAAUGGAUUUAUAUAUCAUAAUAAUAAAAAUGUCAACGUAAAUCUGAAAUUUGGUAAAAACGCAAAAAUCAUAGUGCACCUAGACAUGGAUAAUAAGACAGUUGCAUUUUCGGUUAAUGGCGCAAGAAGUCCACCGGUUACAUCAUGGAAUAAUCUUCCAUCGACACUUUAUUUUGUUGCUUCACUCAAAUCUCCGGGAAAGUAUAGGAUUUUACACCCAGACGAAUAA